GCGAGAGGAGAGCAGAUGCGUAAUCUUGCAUUCAGAAUAGCACAACAACAACGAAAUAAACAAGGUAGAACCUUAACAUUCCUUUCGUCGAAAAGGAUGCCAGUAUCGAAAGAACCAUUGACUUUACCCACCGCAAAACUUGUAAGAGUUAUGCCAAACAUUAAAGUAUUUAGUGGAACCUCUCACCAAGAACUAACUCAGAGAAUUGUCGAUUUUCUGGGUAUAGAACUGGGAAAAGUUGAAACGAAGAAGUUCAGUAACUUAGAAACAUGUGUCGAAAUCAACGAAUCGGUCAGAGGCGAAGAUGUGUACAUAGUUCAAUCGGGAAGUGGAAAUGUGAACGAUAAUUUGAUGGAACUUCUUAUUAUGAUUCACGCAUGUAAAAUAGCGUCGUCCAGUAGAGUUACGGCAGUAAUACCAUGUUUUCCUUAUGCUAGACAAGACAAAAAAGACAAGAGCAGAGCUCCGAUCUCGGCUAAAUUAGUGGCGAAUAUGAUUGCUGUUGCUGGUGCUGACCAAAUCAUUACCAUGGAUCUUCAUGCUUCGCAGAUUCAAGGAUUUUUUGAUAUACCCGUUGACAAUCUGUAUGCUGAACCAGCUGUUUUAGCCUGGAUCAAAGGACAUAUUGACGAUUGGAAAAAUUCAAUUAUAGUUUCGCCUGAUGCAGGAGGCGUAAAAAGGGUCACUUCGAUAGCCGAUAAAUUGAAUGUUGAAUUUGCUUUAAUUCACAAAGAAAGGAAACGUGCCAAUGAAAUAGCUUCGAUGGUACUGGUCGGGGAUGUAAAAGAUAAAAUUGCAAUUUUGGUGGAUGAUAUGGCAGACACUUGUGGGACGAUUUGUACCGCUGCUGAUAAACUCAUCAAUGCUGGUGCUAGUAAGGUUUAUGCCAUCUUGACUCAUGGAAUUUUGUCAGGACCAGCUCUUUCCAGAUUAGAAGCAGCUCCUUUUGAACAAGUCGUAGUUACGAAUACAAUACCACAAGAGGAAAAUAUGAAGCUAUGUUCUAAGCUGGAAUGUAUGGACAUUUCUAGAAUCUUCGGAGAAGCUGUACGGAGAACUCACAAUGGUGAAUCCGUUUCCUAUUUGUUUUGUAAUGUACCUUAUUAAGAUAUAUACAGAAUAAAACGUUUUAC